UUCUGACACAAAAUCAAUGUGGCGCCCUCCUUACAGCGCAUCUAGUACGUUGUUUUUCGCUCAAAAAGCCGGUAAAGCUGGAUUGAGCGAAGUACAUAGCUGUAAUCCAAAUUGAAUUUGUACGAUGAAGUGCUUCUUCAUGAUGGAAGUCAAGUGAUGAAUACUGUAUUUCCAACACUCUGAUUAGCAGCUGCACAAUCGGGAUUCAAACCAUCAUGGACAUCGAUCCUGCGCAUUAUCACUUGCCUCCAGACUCGGCAGAUUAUUCGCACGACGAAGAACAAAAGCAUUUCACAAGAAUCAUGAGGGCCUUCAAAAAUUACCGAAUCAUUGAACAGCAAGGGGCGCUUAUGGGUCCUACAAACACUGUGGGGCAAGAAGGAGAGCCGCUAAAAUUGUACGGUAUUAAACUACGGGCAGAUAAAAAGCUAUUAUUGAAGAAAUUUGGGGACCACUUCAACAUGGUUCGUGAGUGCAUAUUAUACAACGCAGAGUUCAUCGACGAAAUGAUUCUCGAAGCGGAACGAAUGUUCCUGAACGAGGAUUAUCAAUGUAAGACGGAAGCGGCUGAGCCAGUCAGGCCAGCGGAUAUGGACAAAGUGGACUCGACCAUGGUACAACUAGUUCGUGACUGGAGUGGAGCCGGAAGUGAGGAAAGAAAAGCAUCUUAUGGCAUGGUGGUUCAAGCUCUUGAGGAUGAAUUCUCUGAUCUGCUACCCGAACUUUGCUCUCAAGAACAUGGGCCUCGUCCUGAACCCGCGGAUCGAAAGCUUUAUAAGGCCUCUCCGAAAAGGUCACUCCCGUUACUCAUGUCGUACAAGUACGAACAACGACCAAAUUUCAUGAUAAACAGAUUUAGCGGGGAACUGAAUUCAAUCAAAAUUUAUCCUUGGGUGCCGAGAUUCUGCAAUAACCUAAAGGCGGAAAACCAAUUGAAACCCGUUCUGUUCCCCGAUGUGAGAACAUCGGAUUCUACUUCGAUUGCAAAUUUCACCAUGAUUGGCGGCGAAUUUGUGGAUAAGGAAGAAGUGAACGUGGAAACGCCAUACGCCUGUGAUAUGAAUUCUAUGAAUAAGAAUACGUUCAGAAGUGUGUUCUUUGUGUGUCGAAAGCCGACAAAUUUUGAGCAGUCGUGA